AUGAAGGAAUACGAUACACAAAUAAGUGGUUUUGUCACUAACCAGGAAAAAUGUCUACGGAACCUUAGUGACAUGAAGCUUGAGAGAAAGAGAUUAGAAAAUGAGGUAGUAAGGAUGGAGACGGAUCACAAGGAUUGUUCGGUGAAGGUAGACAAACUUGUUGAGAAGCAUACAUGGAUAGCAUCUGAAAAGCAACUUUUCGGAAAAGGAGGGACAUAUUAUGUAGCCAGAGAAAAACUUGAAAAGCUCCAGUCAGAUCAAUCAAGCUUGGAAAAAAGGGUGAACAAGAAGGUUAUGGCAAUGUUUGAAAAAGCAGAAGAUGAAUACAAUGCUCUUAUCUCCAAUAAAAUUACAAUUGAGGAUAAAACAGAGAGCUAUUACGCUAAUGACAAAUUUAAAAUCAAGAAAGUGAUUGAGGAGCUCGAUGAGAAGAAAAAAGAAACCCUGAAAGUUACUUGGGUUAAAGUAAAUAAGGAUUUCGGAUCGAUCUUUUCAACUCUACUACCCGGUACCAUGGCAAAACUAGAACCUCCUGAAAGCGGUAGCUUCCUUGAUGGUCUUGAGGUUCGUGUUGCCUUUGGAAAAGUUUGGAAGCAGUCUUUAUCAGAACUCAGCGGAGGACAAAGAUCUCUUCUUGCGCUAUCGCUAAUCUUGGCGUUGCUUCUUUUCAAGCCGGCUCCUCUUUAUAUAUUAGACGAGGUUGAUGCAGCUCUUGACAUAGGAAGAAUGAUAAAAGCUCAUUUCUCUCACUCGCAGGUCGAAACCUCUAUCUCAAGUCUCAAACGCUUUAUGUUGUUUACUUAA